AUGUCUAGCCUAAGCCUACCAUCUUUUAGUUUAAAGCCACUGUACCUUGUCCUUAGUCCUGACGAAUUUCAGCUGAAACUCUUAACUGUGCAGGAGUGUGCAAUUCAGAAUCUCAAAGGUACCAAAGCUCAUGCAAGCAAAGACCUGGAAGAGCAGUUGCGAUCUGUGUCCAGUGUGGAUGAACUCAUGACAGUACUUUACCCAGAAUACUGGAAAAUGUUCAAAUGUCAGUUGAGGAAAGGAGGUUGGCAACACAACAGGGAACACUCCAGCUCUGACACGAGAUCAGAUGAUUCAUUGAAAUUUGCCGCAGCACAUUAUAAUGCAGAGAUCCUGAAAAGUAUUGAUACUGAAUGGAGAAAAACUCAGUGCAUGCCACGUGAAGUGUGUGUGGAUGUGGGGAAAGAGUUUGGAGCAACUACAAACACCUUCUUUAAACCCCCGUGUGUAUCCAUCUACAGAUGUGGAGGUUGCUGCAAUAGUGAAGGACUCCAGUGUAUGAAUAUCAGCACAAAUUACAUCAGCAAGACAGUAAGUUCUCAUUCUUACUAUAGUCCACUUGCACCUUGCAAAUCCAUUUAUGAUCAUGCAUAUUUACAUCCCUCUUAUUGCCACUAUGAAGAAUGUAAAUAAAUAAAUGCUAGAAUA